CCGCUUCCCUCUGCUCUGCUCCUCCAUGAUUGCAUUCACUCCUGCCCGUCACACACACACACACACUCUCUUCUCCUCUCACUCCCCCUCCCCUCCUUCCUCGGGCGCGUACGGGGUGGGUUCACGUGUAGGAUGAUGAUGAUGGCGGCGGCCUAGGCUAGGGUGGACGGGUUCCAGCAGCUGGAUCUCCGCAACCCUGAACGGCUCGCGGCUGCGGCGGCGGCGGCGCUGAGGCCCCCAAGAUCCUCUCCUGCUGCUGCUCGAGGUGGUUCGCCGGGAAUAGAUCUUCAUGUAGGCUGAUUUCUGGUUGAUCUGCUCUGCUGCACCCGCUUUGAAUUUUGCAACAAGUUCCCUUUGGGAUCCAAGGAGUAGCUGUUCUGUUGCGCUCUCUUGGUCGGCUCUGAUGUCGAGGACGAGGAUGGCGGCGAACAAUCCGAUGCGCAAGUACUCGUGGUGGUGGGACAGCCAUAUCUGUCCCAAGAACUCGAAAUGGCUCCAGGAAAACCUUUCAGAUACGGAUAGCAAAAUCAAAGUCAUGAUCAAGAUCAUUGAUGAGGACGCCGACUCGUUUGCAAAAAGAGCAGAAAUGUACUACAAAAGGCGCCCAGAGCUGAUGUCCCUGCUUGAGGAGUUAUACCGUGCUUACCGAGCUUUAGCUGAAAGAUAUGACCAUGCAGCUGGGGAACUCCGAUCGGCUCAUCGAAAAAUGGCAGAGGCAUUUCCUGAUGAAUACCAGUUAGAUUUGGAUGAUGACCUGCCAUCUGAAACUGCAUCCUCUGAAACUGAUUCUGACAGCCGUGACAUGACACCCUUUUUCCGCUCUUUCAUCAACACUGGCGACUCGAAAAAACGUAGUAAAGAUGAUCAGGACCAUGAGAAGUUACAGAAAGAAAUUUCAAGCUUGUCACAAGAAAAUCAAGACCUUAAGAAGAAGAUUUCAUCUGUGUUAGAAAAGAGUGAAAGUGCUGAAUCUGAAGUUCGAUCCCUCAAGGAGGCCCUUGCACAACAAGGAUCAGAGAAAGAAGCUGCGGUUUCACAAUGCCAGCAAUCCAGUGACAGGUUGCAGAACCUCAAGUCUGAAAUAUUACAUACCCAGGAGGAAUUCAAGAGGCUAAAAGAGGAGAUGCAAAAUGGUCUGCAGAAUUUAAGCACUGCUGAGGAACAGUGUCUCUUGCUUGAGAGGGCUAACCAGGAUUUGUCUAUGGAGCUGGAUAAGCUGAAGUAUGCUUCAAAAGAGAAGCAUGAAGAGCUUAAUGAGAAACACAUUGAACUGGAAAAACUCAGCGUCUCUAUACAAGAGGAGCAGCUCAAGAGCAUGCAAGCGGAAAUGGCACGACUGUCUUUAGAGAAGCAGUUGGCACAAGUACAGGAGAAGCUGCGGCUUUUGUCUCUUGAAAAGCACGGUGAAACAAGCAAGUGUAAGGAUGUUGAAGCAAGCAAGCUUAUGCUUCAGAAAGAAUUGGAGAUGAUUCGAGAAGAGAACCGUAAACUGGAUGAUCAAAACCACUCCUCGACAUCCGUGAUAAUUCGUCUGCAGGAUGAGAUCAUAUCCUUGAAGAAUGCACAACGGAAACUUGAGGAGGAGGUGUCUCGGCAUGUGGAGGAAAAGAAGGCACUUCAACAUGAGCUUUCACACAUAAAGAAUGACAGAGGUGACGUCGAGAGGAAGCACUUCUCAAUCAAGGAGCAAAUACAAGCGGUUAAUUUCAAUGUGGAGUCACUCCAAGCAAUUGCACAAGAGAUGAGGGAUGGAAAUGUUGAGCUAAAGGAGACCAUCAAGAAUCAUGAUGGCGUGAAAGCGCUGUAUGUUGAGAAUCUGAUGCAGCUGGAGAGGACGUUGGAGAAAAAUGCUCAUUUGGAGAGAUCUUUGUCAGCUGCUACUACCGAGGUUGCAGGAUUGAGACAGAAUAAGGCCACAUUGGAAGAAUCUUGCAAGCAGCUUAGCUCCAAGAUUAAUGGCCACCUGUCUGACCGUGCCAUGUUCAUUGCACGGAUUGAGGGUAUUUCUCAUACCAUGGAGAAGCUAUCAGAGAAGAACGUGUUUUUGGAAAAUUUGUUAUCUGAAAACAAUACUGAGCUUGAAAACCAUAGAAGGAAGCUUAAAGACUUGGAAGAGUCUGCGCAGGCACUCCGCAAUCAGAAUUCUUUACUUCGAUCUGACAAGAGAACUCUUGUUCAUGAGGUAGAUAGCAUGAAUGGCUCUCUACUUGAUUUGGAAACCCAGUAUGCAGAGUUAGAAGGAAGGCAUUUGGAUCUCCAGCAGGAGAAAAACAAGGUUCAUGAUGAAGCAGUCAAACUACAGCAACUGUUGAGGCUAGAGAGAGAGAAGAGCAAAGAACUCACCCACUCAGACAAGGCUCAGUUCAGUGCUUUGCAGAAGCAGAUAGCCCUACUUCUAGAAGAUGGACGCAAUAAGGAGAACCAGCUUCAAGAGGAGGAGCACAAGAUUGUCGAAGCUCAGAUCGAGAUUUUCAUCUUGCAGAAGUGUUUAGGUGACAUGGCAGAAGCAAAUUCUGAUGUCUCAGGGCAACUGCAGAAGCAGCAAGAGGCACACAAAGGUCUUGAGGAGAAACUGGCCUAUUUGUCACAAAACAACCAGAAGCUUACUGAAGGGAUUGGUUCUGUGAUGGAAGUGCUGCAGUUUGAUGAGAAAUAUGGAUCCUUGGAUCUGAUGAAGGUUGACAUAGUUGUGCAGCUCAUCUUGCAUGAGAUUAAGUGCCUGCUGAACACCAUUUCUGAUGCCCAGGAUGUCAAGCAGAACCAGAUCCUUGAGAAGUCGCUUGUUGUUACGCUCCUGGAGCACUUUGGACGGGAGGUGGCGGAUCUGAGAUCAGAAAGGAGUGUUCUGAGGCAAGAGUGGCAAGCGAAGAGCGAGGAACUGCUACAACUGCAGAGUGAAAGGCAUGACCUCCUAAAGAUCAGCUGUGACUUGCGCAAGGACGUGGAGACCCGUAACCGCAAAGUGGAUGAGAUGAAGGCCGAGUCAAAGUUCUUGGUUCGACAACUCUCAGAGCUGCAAGAGUCACGUCAGUCACUGCAAGCUGAGAUUAUUAAGCUGAUAGAAGAGAACUCCUCACUGUCAGGAAAACUUUAUGACUCAAGGGAGAAAGAGAAGUCGUUUGAAGAUGAUUUCAGUAAUCUAAUUGGUGAAGCAAUCAGGACAGAUAUCCUUGGUGUUGUUUUCAGAAGCCUUCACGAUGAGAGGACAUCAGAACUGCAAGCUUUGCAUGAUGAUUUUGGUUGCCUCCAUGCGGCAGGCAACGAGCUGUAUCAAGAAAUCAGACUGAUGAACAAGAAGCUUGGCGAUCUGCAACUCGAGAAUAACUACCUUGAGAAGGAACUCAGUAGAACUUUAAGCAUCUGUGAUGGCUCUAGUCCAGAGAUUGGUUCUGCAAGAAGGCGUACCAUGCGAAGAGAUACCAAGCUAUUGAAAUCUGGCAGGAAGAGUCUACAGGAGAGUGUGGUGAACGUGGAACAGCGCAAAGAAGUCGACAAUGCUGGUCUUGAAAAAUCAAAUGAAAUGUUGAGGGAGGAGGUUCACAAGCUGCAGAGUGAAAUGCAACUGCUUAGGAACAACGAACAGCCAGUGAUUGAUGUCCGGUCUUGCGAUGCAGAGAUCUCGAAAUUGCUGGCUAACAUGCAAAUUGCCACUGCCAACGCAGCUCUCUUCAAGGAGAAGGUGCUAGAGCUCAUCGUAGCAUGCGAGAGUUCUGAGAUAAGUGAAAUAGUACAAAAGGAGGUGUUGAAAGAGGAGAUCAGUCGAAGGAACUCUUACGUCGAUGCACUGAAGGACAAGCUAAAUGCUAUUGAGAUAGAGAACAGAAGGCUGAAGGUUGACCUGAAUGGUGACUUCACAGUGCUAGGAGCAUUGCAAACUGAAGUCAGUGCCUUAGAGAGACAAACCUUGUCACUGGCCAAGGAUUGUGCACCUUCGAACAAACUCAAGAAAGAGGAAUUUCUUUUGUCACCUCAGCUUUCAAAGAUUGCUGUGAAACCAAGCAAUGACCAAAACUCGACUAAGCUGGUGAAAGACAUGGAGCUGCAGAAACUGCAUGGAACCAUCAAAGCACUCCAGAAGGUUGUUACAGAUACCGGAGUUGUUCUGGAGCAAGAAAGGCUUGAUUUCAGCAGCAACCUCCAGGACGCCAGGAAGCAGAUUGAAAUGCUCAAGCUCAAGGACGUCCUGGACAGCGACGCGAGCGAUGCGAACUACGAGCGGAUGCUCAAGGACAUACAGCUUGACCUCGUCCAGACUCCCAGCCGUCGAGCCAUCGGCUCACACCGCCUGAAGAAGAAGAUCACAGCCCAGCCUGAUGAGAAGAUGCUUGCGCUGUGGAGCGUCGUGAGAACAAGUAGCGGCAGCGGCAGGCACGAUGAUCUGCGGCCGCCACAGAGCGAGGCGUCGUCUGAGAAGGACAAGGGUAGACGGUCUACCUCCGAGCUGAUGCUCGUGAAGGACCUGGUGGUCGACAAGCAGGACCUGCCGAGGUCCGUGGUCACCACGGAGCCGCACCGCGAGUGGAAGAAGAAGGUCAUCGAGCGGCUGUCCUCCGAUGCGCAGCGGCUGAGGGACCUCCAGUCCAUCCUUCAGGAACUGAGGGCGAGCGUGGAGGCGUCGGGGGAGAGCGAGCUGGAGAGCGUGAGGGCGCAGAUGAUCGAGUCCGAGGAGGCCAUCACGCAGCUCAUCGACGCCAACAGCAAGCUGCUGACCAAGGCCGAGGAGUUCACGUCGGCGGACGGGCUCGACGGCGGGAGCGUGGACCUCCGGAGCCGGAGCCAGCGCAAGAUCCUGGAGCGGGUGCGGAAGAUGUCGGAGAAGGUGGGCCGGCUGGAGAUGGAGAUGCAGAAGUUCCAGCAGGUCCUGCUGAAGCACGAGGAGGAGCGUGCCAGCCGGCGCGCCGCCAAGACAGUGCAGCGGCGGUCAAGGGUGCAGCUGGUGGAGUACCUCUACGGGAAGCGGCGCGGCGACAGCGGGUCCCGCCGGCCGAAGCGCGGGCCCUCCUGCUGCAUGAGGGCCAAGGCCAUCGACGACUGACUGACGUCCCCAGUUUGUUUAUCCAGUGCUAGAGAGGCGCCAAGCUUUUUUUCUCUUACCUAGUUUUAAUCUUCAGACAAUGCAGCAGACUUUGCUCUUGUUUCAUUUCAUUGUGCUGCUCUAGGUAAAUAAUUAUGUGAACUGUCUAUCCUAGUUUCUUCAUUACCUCAAGUAAGGAUGUAAAUUGUAGUCGUCAGGACAGCGGUAAACUGUUAAUCUUUCGUCAUAAUUUUAUUCUGUACAAUUCUGAUGCUGUUUCUCA